GUUCCUCGGAGCUUGGAUGAAGUACAGCACCUAGGAUGUACAUAGUACCGAGAGUACAUGUACUGACUCUAACUCGCGUCUUCUGUCUAGACCGCCAUCACUGAAGUGUGCUGCAGCUGAGGAUCAACAAUGGACUCCACUGGAGCAGGGGUCUCGAAUUUGAUUUCUCUGGCUGAGGAUGGGGACUAUGCCGUGCAGCUGAGCGGCAAGGAUCUAAUCAUUCAUCUUGACCCAGCAUCCCCCGAGUUCAAAGAAGUCCAGAUCAUCAAACUCAAAGAAAAUGGCUCGAAAUUUUUAAAGUUCUCUCGAUCAAAGCCGGUAUUACCAUCCAGCACCCACUCCUAUGCAGGGGUAAGAUCUCCAGGGAGACGUGUGCUUUGUGCCAACGAGUCCCGCGUCGGGAUCUGGCAGCUGGAUCCCUUGCAACGGCACGCAGAAAUUGAAAGCAUUGAGCCCGGCGCUACAUAUGUCGAUUUCGGCGGCGAUGAAAAUGAAAUAAUAUUCUUCCAUGCGUGGAACACGAAAAUAACCGUUUUCGCCUUGGAUUCUGGCCGCAGCCAGAUCAUCAGGAGUCCCAAAUUCUCAAGCUACAAUGGAUUCGGCUAUCGGCCAAAAACAAGACAAUUGGCCGUGCUUUUGAAGCCGGAUGCCACUGAUCUAUUGACGGUCCAUGAAUUCCGAUCUUAUGAGCUCAUCGGAAGAGCGACUCUGCCUACGAUAGAUGCCCAAGGGCUGAAAUGGAGUCCGGAUGGGAGAUGGAUAGCCGUGUGGGAUGCUGCGAGUGCGGGCACCAGGGUUCUUGUUUACACGGCUGACGGGCAGCUUUUCAGAGCGUACAGCGGUCCGCCGGGUCUCGACAAAUCCCUCGAUCUUGGUGUUAGAGGGAUAGAGUGGGGUCCUGUUACCGGGCAACGCGGUGUGUCUGAGCUUCUUGCCGUUGGAAAGAUCGAUGGGACUGUCGACGUUCUGAAGACCACAACGUUCUCCUGCUCCAUCUCACUUUCUCAUGUGUUCCAAAUAGAGGAAAAUCCCCCCAGUGUCUGGCGGGAACGCUACGCAGACGGGGACCUCGAAUAUGCCGAAGCAUCCAGUUCCUCUGCCUUUGGCUUACCUGCCGAGUCAACUGGCCCGCUCCGGGGCGUGUCGAUCAUGUCAUUUAGUGCCAAUGGGAAACUUCUGAGCACCGUCGAUCAGACACGGCCGAAUAUCCUUUGGAUAUGGGACUUGGAAAGCACGCCAGUCCUGCUCUCCGCUCUGGUGCAUGAGCAUGCGAUCAGACAGGCUGUCUGGCAUCCAUCCAAGAUGCAGUUGCUCAUAACCACUGCCAGUACUGCUUAUGCGGCCGUUCGCUAUUGGUCGCCAUACAGCCAGCCGCUAAUCGCACGCAUUCCCGUUCCACGAAGCGAAACUGGAAGAUACGAUGUGCGAUGGCUGUCUUUUGAUGAGGAUGAUGAUUCGAAGUUCUGGUUUGGAACACCAGAUGACUAUGUGCUUGGUCAUAUUGAGGGUGUCGAAGGCACACCGCAGUUCAAGGCUCUAAGUACUAUUAAUGGGAAGAGCAGGGCGAGUAGCUACGGUCCGAGCACGAGCAGAUGAUCGAAUGAUGGAAGAUCAAGGUGUGAUGAUAUCUAUGCGUUACGAACAUGCAUCCCAACUACCCAGUGAUAAUCAGAACUGUGAUGAUUCACCAUUUUCAUGUCAUUUACUACCGAGUAUAAUGGUUGCGAAGGUUCCGG